GUCUACCGAACCUGACCAACUAGCUCUGGUAGCUCUGGUAGCAACUUGAGUUCAGCCUUGUCAAAAUUAGCUGCGGUCAACAAACUGUGCAGGCAUUUUUAAUGCCAACAAGGAGCUAAGAGGGCUGUGCACUCCUUUCCUAAUAAAGCCGAGCUCUGGGACUCACAGCUGGGGUGCCCACUUUUGUCGAGUAAACGCUGCUAGCUCUGGCUUCCACCUGUGGCGUUUUGGUCACUCGAGGGGCCCCAUCAGAGCAAGGGCCCGACCUGUAGCUCUAGGUCCCUUCUUUUCUCUGUGUGUGUGUGUGUGUGCGUGUGUGUGUGUGUGUGUGUGUGUGUGUGUGUGUGUUUGUGUGUGUGUGUGUGUGUGUGUGAGAGAGAGAGAGAGAGAGAACUUGUAUCGAAUCCUCUGGAGACCCCCCCCCCCCCCGGCUUGACCACCCAAGAUGUCCUCCAUCUUGCCGUUCACCCCUCCUGUGGUGAAGAGGCUGCUGGGCUGGAAGAAGUCGACCAGCAGCCCCGGCGGAGCGGGCGGCGGCGGUGGCGAGCAGAAUGGGCAAGAGGAGAAGUGGUGCGAGAAGGCCGUGAAGAGCUUGGUGAAGAAGCUGAAGAAGACAGGCCAGCUAGACGAGCUGGAGAAAGCGAUCACCACGCAGAACUGCAACACCAAGUGUGUCACCAUCCCCAGCAAUUGCUCUGAAAUAUGGGGACUGAGUACACCAAAUACGAUAGAACAGUGGGAUACAUCAGGCCUAUACAGCUACCCUGACCAAACCAGAUCAUUGGAUGGCCGCCUGCAGGUAUCCCACAGGAAGGGGCUUCCCCACGUUAUCUACUGCCGCUUGUGGCGAUGGCCGGACCUCCACAGCCACCACGAGCUGCGUGCCAUCGAGGCCUGUGAGUAUGCCUUCCACCUAAAGAAGGAUGAGGUCUGCAUCAACCCCUACCACUACCAGAGGGUGGAGACCCCAGUGCUGCCUCCUGUUCUCGUGCCAAGACACUCAGAUAUCCUGCCAGAGCUGCCACCUCUGGACGACUACACUCAUUCCAUACCCGAGAACACAAACUUUCCUGCAGGAAUCGAACCUCCCAAUAACUAUAUACCAGAAACGCCUCCACCGGGCUACAUCAGUGAGGAUGGGGAGGCCAGCGACCAACAGAUGAAUCAAAGUUCUCCAGCAGAGCUGUCCCCCAGCACUCUGUCUCCUGUCAAUCACAGCAUGGACCUGCAGCCGGUGACUUAUUCGGAGCCCGCCUUCUGGUGCUCUAUAGCCUACUACGAGCUGAACCAGCGGGUCGGGGAGACAUUUCACGCCUCUCAGCCCUCGCUGACAGUGGACGGAUUCACAGAUCCGUCAAACUCUGAGCGGUUCUGCCUGGGUCUGCUGUCAAACGUCAACAGGAACGCCACUGUGGAGAUGACCCGGAGGCACAUAGGAAGAGGAGUUCGACUCUACUACAUCGGAGGGGAAGUAUUUGCUGAGUGCCUGAGUGAUAGCGCCAUCUUUGUCCAGAGUCCGAACUGCAACCAGCGGUAUGGCUGGCAUCCAGCGACAGUGUGUAAAAUUCCUCCAGGAUGUAAUCUAAAAAUCUUCAACAACCAGGAAUUUGCCGCUCUGCUGGCUCAGUCGGUCAACCAGGGCUUUGAGGCCGUCUACCAGCUCACCAGGAUGUGCACCAUCCGCAUGAGCUUUGUCAAAGGCUGGGGGGCUGAGUACAGGCGGCAGACCGUCACGAGCACUCCUUGCUGGAUCGAGCUGCAUUUGAAUGGACCCCUGCAGUGGCUUGACAAGGUUCUGACUCAGAUGGGUUCCCCGUCUGCCCGCUGCUCCAGUAUGUCCUAAACGGCCGAGGAAACGCCACCUCCCACCCCACCACCCCAAAAAAAAAAAACGCAGCCCUAUGGCAUGUCGUUAAAUUCUAAAGUUGUGAGUUUUUUCAUGAAAAAAAAAAACAAAACCAUGAAAACCCCACAGAAUGAAUUCUGUAACGUCCCUCAUAGUAUUUGUGGCCCAGUUCCACAUCCCUGUUUUAACGUUUCACAUGCACACACGAGAACAAACGCACACACACACACACACACACACAAAAUCAGACUUAAGUAAAGAAUUUGGCACUUUUGAUACCCAUCUAUGUCUUGCACCUUCUUAAAUUGCUUUCCCCCCCGAGUCCUUAAUAUUAGAUCUAUUUCUGGUACAAAUAAAAUGUAUAUUGGUUUUUAGUCCAGGAAGUUGGGGAAAUACCAAAAAUAUCUGUGAAUAGUUUCUCAGUAUUGAAGAUUGCUGGCUCCCGCCGUCCCCGACCAAACCUGUGGACCUGAGCUCACGUUUGUGCGGGGGGGGUUGCGGCCCUGUCGUCUGCUGUCAGGGCGGCCCAGUGAAGAAAGCGAUGGCCUUGGUGGCGUUUUUUUUAAACUGAAGGAAAACGCCCACAGAGUGUUUAUGAAAUUUGACUGAAUUGACUUUUUGUUACCCCUUGACGUGUGUCUUUAUAAGACACGCCUCUUUAACGGACAAAUAGGAAUGUUAGCUAAAAAUAAUGAUUCAAAAAAAAAAAAAAAAAAAAGCCCCAAACAACGUCGAGCCCGAUUACGAGCGUAGUUUAUUUCUUUGUCAUUUUUACGGCACUCUUCAGUGUCGUCGGUUUUGUCGGUUUACAUCCCCCGCUGAAUAGUCUGCUGUGGAAGCUCAUGAUGUGUUGACAAGGCGCGCUGGGACGGGACCAGAGAACAUCGGCUGUUAUGGAAGCUUGUUUCUCUUUGUGACGCGGCGCUGCGAAGGUGAACGUCUCACCAGGAGAAACUGAAGGUAUCAAUGAAUCCAUUCUGUUUUUAGCCUAUAUCCCCGUUGUUUUGCUACUUUUUUGUAUUCUCAUGUAUUUUUAUAUAUAAAUAUACUUAAAAUUUUUCUGUCGUUCACUUUUUAUUAAAGUAAUAUUUUCAAGACCACAGCUGUUUCUUAAGUGACACGGAGGCUCAUUCCUUUUGUUUGACCCUAAAGAUUCUCUUUGUUGUUGUUUUUUUUUUUUCCAAAGAAAUGUGGUGCAUUUAAAGUACACAACAGGUUUGCUCCCCAAACUCAAAGCCCCUCCCCCCCUCUCUCUCCUGCGGUGGUAUAAUUGAUUCCAGAGGUCAAACUUUGUGAUGGCCAUUCGUUCAUCUCUUCACUUGUUUUUAUUUUGAAACACACACGUGACCUCUUGUAGCCUUCUGGUGCUUCGUCAAAGCGAGUUAAGGUCAAGAAGAAUAUAAUUGGAUUUUUCAAAUGUUACAGACACACGGGAGACGGGAUCAUUUUCUUCCACGUGAAAGAAGAGCGAAUGUGCGUGCACACGGGGACAUUCUGUGUUAAUGUGUGUAUUGUAUUUGUUCUGUCUCUAAAAUACAGUAUGUACAACCCAGACGUGCUAGCUUACACUCUGCCAUUCUUGGUCAUGACGUGGCUGUUUCCCCUCUCUGACUCCCUUUCUUCUCGAUGUAAAUGUGUUUACCUUCUGGCACUAGUGAUUGUACUUUAAGUGCACCUAGUGGCGUUUGGAUUUUUUGGGAACUGAAUCACGUGUUAGGGUCCAGUGUUACAUUGUUUUUUCUCUUUGGCCUACAACAUAUGAAUGUGAAAAAAAUACAUGACACAAACAGAUGUGGACCAGACGUACAUAUACAUAACAGUAGUACAGUAUGUGUGUAUUUAACAGUAAUCUUUUUGCAAAGCAGUCAGUACAGUAGUUGUCGCAGUUGUUUUACCAGUAGAGGGCGGUAUUGAUAGAGCAGUUCUCUUUUUUUUUUUUUUUUUUCUGACCAUAAGCUUCUCAGGCGUGUGGCAUAUUAUGCAGACUUCAUAAAACACUAAUAAAGAUUUUUAUUCUCAUGA